ACAAUUCAUUGAUGCGUGUGUAUGUACAUCCGCAUUUUUUAAUAUUGUGUAUUAUAAUUGAAUAAAUUAUUAGAAAAUAAAUUAUAAGUCAUCAAAAGUAUCAUAGUAGCCUUCAAAGAUUGAAAAAUUUUGGCCUCGAAUAUAACGAACGAUUGGUUAUGAGGUGGCAGAACGUUUUUAGUUAAAAUGAUGAGAUGCAAAUAAAAAAAUGGUCUUUGGAUAUGAUUUCAUGAGGAUUAUGAAGUGCAGUAUUAUAUAUGAAAAAUUUAUCUUAGUUUUUAUAAACAUUAUAUGAGAUUGAGAUAAUCAUUAACAACAUGAGAAAGUAUUAUCAAGCUGCUUUAGCUGUUAUAGCAGUAGUAAGCCUCAUAUCUUUGCUCAUCUAUAGACAUGAAUAUAACAAACUGAGAUAUGUCUUAGAAGUUUUCAAUUACUUUGGUAAACCUGGGCCAAGAAGAGCAGAUACAAAUUGUAUGAAUUUUAGUACAACUUUUACUACGUUCAAUGCAAAAUUUGAUGAACCAAUUUCUUCUUGGCAACGUUUGGAGGAUGAUUUAUAUGUAUAUUCUGCAUAUGGUAUUAACGAGAAAGAGAUACGAGCAGUUGGACUUGGAACUAUAAAUAGUGUUUCAAAUAUGCAAUGUCUUGUCUUUUUUGAAAGUGAAAGUAAACCUAUAUUGGGAAGCUUCAAGUUUAUUCCCAUUGGCGAUGCAGUUACUUCGAGUCUAGGAGAGAAUUCUAGAUUUGGAGGAUACCAUUUUGUUUGUACGUACACCAGCAAUGAGACUCCCACUGGGAUUACGUUUGUUACAAAGUCUAACAAAUACCUCAAUUAUGCACCUAUUCUUCCUAUAAAAAUGCAACCACGAAGCUUGAGCGACAGUAGGUUAGGCGUAUGUGUAACACAAUCGUCGAUGAAGCCAACAAAGUCAAUAGAUAUGAUAGGCUUUAUCAGCUUCCACGCAUUAAUUGGAAUGGACAAUUUCAUUAUAUAUGAUUCUGGAAUUUCCAAUGAAUUUAACAGUAAACUAAAAGAAAUGAUGAAUGAUCCAACUUCUUUUUGGAAAUUUACAUAUACUGUUGUACCAUGGAACUUCCCUUUCACAGAAAUCAAUCAAAACGUUAUAAGAGAAAUCGCCGAGAUCGAUUGUUUAUAUCGUACUUAUAAUAAUGUCGCCUAUGCUAUUACUCUUUCAUGGAACGAGUAUGUAAGUUUGAAGUACCAUCAUGCAACAAUUGAUUUAUUGGCAGAUUUUAAACAAACCAAGCUGACAGCUGAUCGCUACAAGCUAAAAACUAUAACUUUUUGCACACAGCAAGCUGACAAUAAACAGUAUGCCAAUUCUACACUGACGUUCUUAAAGAAAACGAAAACCGAUAUAAGCAUUCUAGAAGAUCGUUUUAUCUAUAUACAUAAGCCCCAUGUAACAUUACAGGAUACUCAUGUCUAUGUCAAAGAAAUAGGAAAAAAUUUAGUUGCUGUAAAUCAAUAUAAAUAUUGUGAUAAUUAUAAAGAGAGCCAAGAAAUAGAAGAUCUUACAAUUCUCAGAUUUGCCCAAGAUAUACAGAAUUCAUCAAUUCUUAGAAAAUAUCUUGGACUUUACAAUCUACUUGAUAUAGACAUAAAGUGAUAUCAAGGUUUUGCGCAACUAAUGUUAAAUUAAUAUUUGCACAAGCUUGGAUAAUGCUCUACUUGCAUAUAUACUAUUUAAUUCAUACAUAUAAAUAUUUCAUAAUUAUGCCGUCUUUCAUACUAGGUGCCUUAAUCAUCACGUCAUAGUUAUACAACUAGUCAUGAUAUGAUUAGCUAUUUUAAUAUUUUGUAUACUAUUUCAAACUUUAAACUUAAGCUACAAUAAAGCAUUCUUUGUUACUUUAAACUA